UGUUUGUGUGUGUGAAAGCUACCACUAGUCGCCCCCAGUGCUCUUCAGUCUCCACUCUCCCUUCUCACCGCAGACUGAACGUCACGUCCGCACUUGAACUUGAGUUUUCUCCCAUCGUAGAAGCCAGAGAGCCGCACAGAGCCGCACAAAGCCGCGCACAGUCCGGGGAUGCGGGACUCUGCAGCUAGCGCAAAGUGAAAAGAGGGUGGCAGUGUGUCCUCAGACCAGUACUGGGCUGUGACUUGAAGAGUGAAAGUCUAACCCGCCCGCCCGGCCGCCGCUGUCAGUGCAGUAGCAGAAGUGCCCACCACUUGGCGACACCUCGUGAAGUGCCGAGAAGAAAAUUGGAUUCCUAUUUUACACACGUUCAGACGUUAAUUGACGUCCUGUCACCUGCUUUCUCCACACAGGAGCGGGCAGCGUCCAGGGCGGCCGCAUAGUGGACACAGGUAGUGAGUGACCAUCAGGAGGUGACCGCCGACCUCCCGCGUCUCGCCGCGUCUCCAUCCCUCCACUCCGUUCCUUUUUCGGCUCUCCUCUGGCAGAUGGUGUGAAGGCGGCGGAAGAAAGAGCCGGACUACCCCUCUCCCUCACCUCCACUGUGACCGAAGAAGGAAGGCAUCCGCCACUUUGGCAAGGAGCUCCGAACCAGCGCCCGGGCGCCCAGCGCUGCGCCACGGCCGGUCACCGCAGAGCGCAGGAGCCGCUGCCCGCCGAAGACAGAUCCGCCGCGCAGGGGGUCAGUUCGAGGGCCGCAUUUGAGGCCACCGCACGGCGGUCAGUUUGGGGUGGCCAGCGAACGGCUGCUUUUGUGGCCAGUUUGGCCAGUUCCAGGAGCAGCAGCAGCAGGAGGAGGAGGAGGAGAGCCGACCCUUCCAGCGCCGCUCUCCGGGCGAUGCCAGUGUAAAUGCCAGGGCAAUGUCCCGACGCAAGCAGGGGAACCCGCAGCACCUGUCCCAGAGAGAAAUAACCCCGGAGGUGGAGCAUCCAGAUGGCGCUCUGCUCUCCGACUCCCUCCCCCCCCACCCGCUCGGCCUGCCCUCCCAUCCACUCGGCCUGCCUCCCCACCCUCUGGACCCCAGCUUGGCCCACUCCCUGCCGCCCGGCCUCCACGCCGACCACGACCUGCUGACCUGCGGCCAGUGCCAGAUGACCUUCCCACUGGGUGAUAUACUCCUCUUCAUCGAGCACAAGAAGAAGCAGUGCCAAACGCCGCUGCUGGCCAAUGGCUGCUACGACAAGAUGAACGACCGGGGAGGAGGAGGAGGAGGAGGAGGAGGGAGUCCCGCUCUGCAGAGCCUUCACCACUUUGCCCAGCGGGUGGAGCUAAGGAAGGUGGUGGAGCCGGUGGAGAUCGGAAUCCAGGUGACACCGGAGGAGGAGGAGGAGGUGGGAAGACGGAGGGAAGGAGGUGAGAGGGGAGAGAAGACACCCACCAAAGGAAUUUGCCCCAAGCAGGAGAACACAGCGGCUGGUGGCAGGGAUGAACCCUCCAGCUACAUAUGUACCACCUGUAAGCAUCCCUUCCCCAGCGCCUGGUUUCUGCUGCAGCAUGCCCAGAACACCCACGGCAUCCGCAUUUACCUGGAGUCCAACCCCUCCAGCACAGCCCUCACCCCUCGGCUUACCAUGCCUCCACCCAUGGGCAACGACUCCAUCCCGCAGUCCCCCCUCACCAACUUUCUAGGGGACAACAACCCCUUCCACCUCCUGAGGAUGACAGGGCCCCUGCUCAGGGAGCCCCCCCCAGGCUUUGUUGAAAACCGUCUCCCCAACACACCUCCGUUUGUCAGUCCGCCUCCCCGCCAUCACUUGGACCCCCAUCGGCUGGAACGCCUUAGCGCCGAAGAAAUGGGGCUCAUCUCCCAGCACCCCAGUGCCUUUGAGAGGGUGAUGCGGCUGACACCCAUGGCCAUGGAGUCCCAGUCCAUGGACUUCUCCAGGCGGUUACGUGAGCUGGCAGGGAACACUAACAGCACCACACCACCACUGUCACCCAGCAGGCCCAACCCUAUGCAUCGACUACUAAACCCCAAUCCCUUCCAACCGGGGCCAAAAUCACCCUUUCUGAGCACCCCUCCCUUACCACCGAUGCCCCCAAACAGCACCACCCCUCCCCAGACACAGAACAAGGUCAAGUCCUGUGAGUUCUGCGGUAAGACUUUCAAGUUUCAGAGCAACUUGGUGGUGCAUCGGCGCAGCCAUACUGGAGAAAAACCAUACAAGUGCCAGCUGUGUGACCACGCCUGCUCUCAGGCCAGCAAGCUGAAGCGCCACAUGAAGACCCACAUGCACAAGGCUGGAUCCCUGACGGGGCGCUCCGAUGAUGGUCUGUCCACCACAAGCUCCCCAGAGCCAGGCACCAGCGAUGUCACAGGUGAAGGCAUGAAAAAUCGAGAUGGAGACUUCCAGGGGGAGGGCAAUGAGGAGGAAGAGGAGGAGGAAGAAGAAGAAGAACUUGAGAAUGAGAGUCGACCAGAAUCAAACUUCAGCAUGGAGUCUGAGUUCUACCGGAACAGAGAGAAUGGUUCCAAACCUCCUUCAGAAGAGAAGUCAUCGCUUACUCUUGAGAAGAUGGUGGACGGUGGGGGGCUCAAUUCUAUACAGCAGUACAAUAAUUUGAUAGUUGACAAUCGAAAAAGGAUGCCCUUCUCAAAGAGAGGCUCAGAUGGCCAGCGGGACACUGGAGAUGAGGAUUCAGUGGCUGGGGAGAUGGAUCACCACCAGCAGGAAGAGAGGACAACCAUUAACGGCCGGAACUGUGGCUCCGGUGAUUCUUUCUCAGGCCUGUUCCCCCGUAAGCCCACCCCUAUCACCAGCCCAACCCUGUCCAACUCCUCAAACAAGAGGAUCAAGAUUGAGAAGGACUUGGACAUUCCUCCAGCGCCACACAUCCCUUCUGAGAACGUGUACUCCCAGUGGUUGGUGGGAUACGCUGCCUCACGCCACUUCAUCAAAGACCCUUUCUUAGGCUUCACUGACUCCAGACAAUCGCCCUUCGCCACCUCCUCUGAGCACUCAUCAGAGAACGGAAGCCUGCGGUUCUCGACACCUCCAGGCGACCUGCUGGACGGCGGCUUGUCCGGCCGCAGUGGGACGGCCAGCGGGGGCAGCACACCUCAUCUAGGUGGAGGUCCCGGUCCAGGUCGACCUAGCUCCAAGGACAGCAGGAGGUGCGACACCUGCGAAUACUGUGGCAAGGUGUUCAAGAACUGUAGCAACCUGACCGUGCACCGGCGUAGCCACACUGGCGAACGGCCCUACAAGUGUGAGCUUUGCAACUAUGCUUGUGCCCAGAGCUCCAAGCUGACACGCCACAUGAAAACACACGGCCAGCUCGGUAAAGAGGUCUACCGCUGUGACAUUUGCCAAAUGCCCUUCAGCGUGUACAGCACUCUGGAGAAACAUAUGAAAAAGUGGCACGGAGAACAUUUGAUGACCAGUGAGGUCAAAAUUGAACAAGCAGAGAGAGCCUAAAGCUAGUUCUGUAUUUCCAUUCUCUGCACCACACUUUGACUUCAAAAAAUAAACAAAAUGGGGUAGCUGGAUACUUUUUUUUAAAACAAAUAUUAAUUUUGGGUUCAUUUUGUGUUUUUAUUAAAAAAACUGCCAACUGAGAAAAUAGUGAAAACAGAGAUCUUAACAUCAGCUGAAGUUAUCUAAACUGCCUCAUUUGGCAUUAAUUUUUAAACAAUCAGUCAGUUGAGUUAUAAAAUAUGUGGAGCCUUUAACUGUGCAAUAAUUUCUGUAUUUAUUCGAUUUUGUAUUUUGGCAUGUGCAGGUACACUUUGAUUAGGCUUUUUUUUUUAUUGGUUUUACUUGGAUUUUGCGUUAUUCUAUUUUUUUUAAACCCACAUAUUAUCCUGAGAGUUCUUUAGAGGUCAAAAUCCAUUUUAAGUCUUUUUUUGGCCACUGCUUGUAGGAAAUUGUAUAUUAAGCUAAUGUGUAAUUUCUUGAAAAGAUGCUGAAUUCAAUCUUCAAUUUAAAAGUGGCGUUAACUGAGAAUGCUAGAUUUAGUCUAUUUUGUGUGAUGACGAUACGCGGACAACAAUCCUUUGGCAUUGUAGCAUGAACUGACUCUAAAACAUGUCAAUAUAAUUGGAUAUGUAGCACUGAGUGUCACAUUUGACAGUAAAUGUAAAACAAAAGAGGAUCCCAAGGUUCCUAAACCCUGUCUCCUCAUGAGAACAUCCUAACCAGCCAGAAGAAACAGGUUCUAGAUAAGGCAGCUGCUGACUGGUACCAAGUACCACGCUCUGACAACGCUACGACAACCACCCCGUUUCUUCUACUGUCCACACACCUCACCACAUUUACGAAUCCGUGUGUUUUAUUUUGCAUGAAGCCAUAUGACCGAGGCGAUAUUAUUUAUUGGGAGGAAGUGAGCAUGAAGCCAUUAUGAGGAUGCAUUGAGAGAGAGAGAGAGAGAGAGAGAGAGAGAGAGAGAGAGAGAGAGAGAGAGAGAGAGAGAGAGAGAGAGCACAGGGACAUCUCAGGGUAAACUAUACUACUUUCCCUUAUUUACCCAUUCAUUCUGAAAUUGCACUCUGGCAAUUAACUUUCAAAGCAUUUCCAUUGCACCAUUAGAGACAGUUUAUGUAUUCUCUGCAGCGCCUCUCACCAGGCUAAUGUCCGAGCUCCAUCUGCAUUGGAAAGCAGACAUUUAUAUUUAAAACCACUGUGUCUAAUAACAACAUUUAGAGAGUUAAACGUUUGUGCGUUCAUGGCAUUUGCCCCCACAUUGAUUAGAUUUCUGCAGAUAGUUUACCUCUCAGAAUUUAUUGUUAAAAAUAGUAUAAAAAUCAACAGCCCUAUGCAUUUUGUGCGGAAAUAUAUACAAAUUUGUUGAACUGACAUGAGUAGUGAAUCCUGACCUGUAAUGUUCCAGUGAGUCUAUAAAUGUCUGAUUAAUGAAGUCGCCUCUUCAGGAAAUUGGAAUUCUUCAAAGUUUCAUUGUUAGUUGUGGGACACGUUUGUGUAGAAGAGGACAUGUGUUGGUGUGUGCUGAAAAAAUAAAAGAAAUUUUUGUGAAGACAAGCAGCAUCAGUUUGCUCCAUGCCCUUUUCUUAUUCCUCCAAUUCUCCACCUUCAUGAAGGCACUUUUAAAGAAUUAGAUCUAAUUUCCACACUGUCGAUGUACAAACGGCUCUGAACAGCAGACCUGCACUUUAUGAUUUAUUUUCUUUCAACACACACACACACACACACACGGUGAGCUGGACAGAAACCUACUGAAGGGUCUGGAGCUUGGGAUCUCCUGUUGCUGAAGUGUCCAGGAUUGUUAGGCUUGGCUUUCCCAAUGCUGGCACUAUAAAAACGAGCAAAUAAAUUCAUUUAUCUGGGACAGUUUUUGUACUGCCAUUCAAUUUGACAUGAGUGUGCCUUCAAUAAUGAUCUUCCUAUUUAUUGUCUCAAAUACAACACUUUUUAUGAAGCAUCAAAUUGAACAAGAUUUAAAAACUAAAAGCGUAAUUUGACAGAAUUAUUUAAAAGGAUGCAAAUAAAACAAUGCUGAGUUUUGGUUUAGGAGUAACCAGCACAAUAUCAAUGUGUCUGUUUGUGUAUAUAUGUAUGCAUAUGUACAUAUAAAGGCACAAACCUAUAUAUAGAUCUAUAUCAAAUUCCUCACUCACUCGGACCAGAGUCUGUCCCUCAGCAGAAGAUUUCAGGAGCGGACAAAAGCCAAACAAAAAGUCAAGGAAGAGACUGGCAAAAAAAAUCAGGAAAAAAAAGAAUUUAGUGCACUCUGUCUUAAAAUAAGUUUACAGUAUUGAUACAAGUACAAGGGUAAAAUAAUAUUUGUGUGUAUGUGUGUUUUAAACGAGUAUUUUUUAUUUUAUUUUUAUUUUUCCAGGUUUGCUUCUGAACUUUCUCUGAAUGCUGAAGUGGCGAUGUGUAUAUUGUUUUCAUUCUUUUUUUCCUUUCUUUUCUUCCUUUUUUUGGUGAUGGGGUUUUAGUAUAUAUAUAUAUAAAUAUAUAUGAAUAUAUAUUACAUUUUUCUUGUUUACUGUAAAAGUAUACCAGUAUUUGUAAUAUUGAAGAAUGCCUGGGCAUUUUACAAAAAUAUAAAAAAGGUUGUUUUUUAUUUUUUAUUUUACAGUCCAAUUUAAAUUGUGGGUCUCUUAAACUGUUUUUGUCACUGUAACUGUAUAAGUCUUAAGUUUUAGUAACUUUUAUUCUGCCUUGGGUGUAAUGAAAUUUAAAAAAAAUAAUAAAUGAAUUAAAAAAAAUGACUGAGCUGUAACAAACUUGGAUUUGGUAGUGGAGCUGGGGCUGUAGGGUGGGUGGGCGGGUGCUUUCUUCCUUAGAAAUAAUGGAACUUUGGUUCUACUUUUCAGGAAAAACACUGAAAAUCCUGACUUGUAUCUAUUUUUCUUCUUCUGGAAUGGAUUAUUCUUCAUGGAUGGUUUGAAAUACAUGUGUAGGCACUUGCUGUCUUUCCUAAGGAGCUUGUCUUUUUUUUUUUAUCUUGUAGGCUGUGUGCAUCCUUUGUGAAUAGGGUACUGUGAGUACCUCAGGACGUCUUGCUCUUAUAUUAGAUGCUGGGGGGUGGGGGACUUUAUUCCAAUGACCAAUUCAACUUACCGGCUGCCACAAUCUGUUUUUCCUCUCAAUGUGCAGGACAAGCAGAUGAAUUUGUACUGUUGUAAUGAAUCAUGUUGUACAGAAUGGGAUCAAAAAGGUUGUUAAACAGCCUUUCAGUGACUCAAACACAAGCUGAUGUUUUGUUUACCACUCCAUUGGUUGUAUAUAGUUUUUCUAUGACUACGCUGUUUUCAUUUGGGUUUUUUUUUGUUUGUGAUUUCUAACUGGCACUGGUAGUGACUUUGGGGAGGUGUGUGUGUGUGUGAGUGUGUGUGAGUGUGUGUGAGGUUCUUCUGUUCGACCUUUGUGACCUCCAUGCCAGUUUUCAAGCGAACGCCUCCCUGUUGAUAUUUCUCGGCAUGAGAACAGAGCACAAAUACAAGCUGUUACAAUUCUCCAUCCUCUGCUUGUUUGUGUCAUUUUGUUCUUUGAGCUGGUUUGACAGAAUGGGACCACAGAAAAACACAAUUACAGCAGAAACCUUGAGCUGUUUACAUGCAUUCUUAAAUAAUUUAGUAAAGUUCAGAAAACAUAUAGACUACACUUUUACUAAAAACACAUUUACUGCUGCUGGAAUGGACCAGAAAAAACAACAACAUACGAGCAUCUGCCAAUGAAAGAAUUGCUGAAGGAAAUGGUGGAGGUUUGAUCAAGCACACAGACUUUAUACAUCCAACAGAUAUUUUUUGGUCACUCUUUUUAUUGGAUCUCCCUUCGGGAUUUUUCCGAUCUACAUCUCAUCAAUCCCACAUUCCUGCAGAUUUCUCACAUUUGUAGUAAAAUGCAGAAAUAAAAACACUGGGAUGUGGAGAAAAUGUACUUUUUUAAUGUAAUAAUGUUUGAAUGCAGAGGAAGGGGUUGACUGGGGAUGUGAUGCUUUUUGUGAUGUCGCUUUAUUUAAAUACAUGACUAACUCUGAUUGGCUGCAGCUUGUGUUCGCUAUGAUGUCACUGACAUGCAGCCGGUGGACGCCAUUGGUUGAUUGCAGUAAACAUGGCAUUCACACUC